AUGUCGAACAGAGUUGAUCCUUAUCCAGAUAUCGAAACAGAAAACACCGAUGAAGUCGUCACAACUCAACCUAUUUCUGAGACUUGGACACCUCAAAAAAUAAUCAUUGAAUCUUCAAAGACCGAAGAAUCGGAAAAGAUAGUGGAAGAAGAAGAUAUUCCAGUAGCGGGAGAAACAAUCGAUGAGGAAAUUGUCUCAACGAACGAAUUCGAGAGCACUGGUUUACCUGAUUACUACGAAGAGGUUGAUGUUGCUGAGUCAGACUAUGGAUGCUUUCGUGAUUGCUGUGUUGAUUGUGCUUCUGAAGCAACAUUCUGCGAAACCCAUGGAAUAUGGGAGGCGAUUGUUGACAGCUUAUGUGACUGUUUAUGUGACUGCUUAGGUGACUGCUUAGAUGACUGUUCAUGCGAAUGCGAAGACUGA